AUGCUCCUUCAAGCGAGAUUGGUUGAACAGAGUCGUGUGGACUCUGUAGGUCACAACAACACACCCACUCACCACACUUCAGAUCACAACAACACUCACCCACUCACCACACUGCAGGUCACAACAACACUCACCACACUGCAGGUCACAACAACACUCACCCACUCACCACAUUGCAGGUCACAACAACACUCACCCACUCACCACACUGCAGGUCACAACAACACUCACCCACUCACUACACUGCAGGUCACAACAACAACACUCACCCACUCACCACACUGCAGCUCACAACACACUCACCCACUCACCACACUGCAGGUCACAACAACACACUCACCCACUCACCACACUGCAAGUCACAACAACACUCACCCACUCACUACACUGCAGGUUACAACAACACACCCACUCACCACACUGCAGGUCACAACAACACACCCACUCACCACACUGCAGGUCACAACAACACUCACCCACUCACUACACUGCAGGUCUCAACAACACACUCACCCACUCACCACACUGCAGGUCACACCAACACACUCACCCACUCACUACACUGCAGGUCACAACAACACUCACCCACUCACUACACUGCAGGUCACAACAACAACACUCACCCACUCACCACACUGCAGCUCACAACACACUCACCCACUCACCACACUGCAGGUCACAACAACACACUCACCCACUCACCACACUGCAAGUCACAACAACACUCACCCACUCACUACACUGCAGGUCACAACAACACACUCACCCACUCACCACACUGCAGGUCACAACAACACUCACCCACUCACUACACUGCAGGUCGUAACUUCCCUUUCUGCUUCUUUCCUCGCACUAAUCCAUUGUGGAAUUCCAUCUGACAUCAUCAUCAUUGCCGUCGCCGCUAUUCCCAAAUUCUUACAAUAACCUUGUCCAGUUCAAGAAACGGGUCACACUGUUUUCUUUAACAACUUUGGUAGUGCUGUUUAUUACUGGGGGUUUUUUGUUGUUGUUGAUGUUUCGGGCCUUUGGGCCUGCGCUCACCAAUUGUGUUUAUAUAAACAACAACAACAACCAUCACGUGAAUUUCGCCCUGCAAGGCGCCACGGCCUCUGCGCCACGUUCCAUCCAGUGCAUUGUGUAGCAGUGGACGUGCUCUGCUCCAUUCUUCUGUUAGGCAGGCGCCGUGUCGCCUUGCGGUGUGCGCCUGACACAAAAGUGUGGCUUGCGAUCCGCUCCGCGUUCCGUCUAAGCUUGCGCUCCACGCCAUGUUGUGUUGCGAGCUCUGCACGGUUGCACGGGGGACUUGCAGUGCCGGAUUAAGCUCCUGCGGGGCCUGUAGCAUAUGAUAUAAAGGGGCCCUACAUAAAAAAAAACAUUUAAAUAUUAAAACACAAUUUUUUUACUUGCACAAUAAAGUAAUUGUAUUUUUCAUUUGCUAUACAGCCAGAUAAUACUGCAAAUCGCUAACCUUAAACACCCAGUCGUUCAUAGAAGUUGAAGGCGGUAUAGUACUAUAAUAAUAGAGCAAGUGCAGAAUCACUGAACCGGAAUUGAUAGCCUGAAAGCCCGUAGCAUAUGUAGCUACUUUUGCGACUGUGAUCAUCCGGCACUGGGGAGUUGUGGGGCACAGGAACAGGCACUAGGCAGCAAAGAUCAAAACCCGAAUAAGGAAAGUCCAGAAGCGGACGAUUGACAACCCGCAUCUCUCACGCGUGGAGGUGCGCACAUGUGGAACAGAGGGGCGGCUGUGCUUCAAUACGUGCAGGGCAUGAGAUGCAAAUCCUGGUUCAGAUGACAUGGGAUUUGUUUUGUUUUGGCUUUAAUAUAAAAAACAGAUUUUGAUUUGUGUUUACCGUAGUACUGUACUCUUUAAUGUGGUUGUAGUAAUGCGGGCAGCAGAGGGCAGUGAAGUCAAAUCCGGGUUGCGUGUGAGAUGCCCUCAUGCAGCAGAGGAAUUACAAAAGACGAAACAGCUGAGUACAUCUCACAGCGCGACCCUUACAUCACGUUUCGAACGUCGUCAGGGGAACUUUUUAACGCCGGCCGCGAACCAAGACGGCGCGUUGUAUUUGUGCGGUUUAACACACGGACCAUAAUUUUAUUAUGUUUUAUUUUUAUUAUUUUAUUAUUUCCCUUCUACGUGACUUUACCGAAAGAACCAAGAAGACACGGACCAUAAUUUGCCAGGGGCGGCCUGCCACAUAUUCGAACCGCGAACCACCCUGCAACGAGCUGCGAACGCGCUACCGAUGGGCCGUGUUCAAUCUGCAAUGCGUGCCGAUCGCACACGCCUUUAAAACUGUCACAUUAAACGUUAAUUUGUCCCCUGUGGAAAAACCA